AUGGCAAAACAACAGAACAAAUUAGUUGAUGAAAUAGAGAAAGUGCUGGAGAAGUCUAAAGGGUUUUCCCUUAAGGAUCUGCUGUUCUUCUAUCAGGGAACCCCAUACCCUGUCACUGUAUGCAGUGCAGAGACAUUCCAGGCCCUGGAAAACUUAGAAGCCAGAAGAGAUGAUAUGGUGUUGGUGUCUUACCCCAAAUGCGGUGCAAAUUGGCUUAUCCAGCUCUUAAAUGAUUUGAUAUUUACAACUUCCCAGACUAAACAUAUAAACACGGAGCUGCCAUUUAUUGAAUGUGGAGAUCCAGAAAAAUAUCAGAGGAUGAAAGAGUUUCCAUCUCCAAGGAUUUUGGCAACACACCUCCAUUAUGAUAAUCUCCCCAAGUCUAUCUUCAAGAAUAAAGCCAAGAUACUAGUGUUGUUUCGAAAUCCUAAAGAUACAGCUGCAUCGUUUUUUCAUUUCUAUAACAAGGCCUCAGACGUCCCCAGUUAUAACUCCUGGGAUGAGUUCUUCUCAGAGUUCAUGAGUGGAAAAGUCAGCUGGGGUUCCUAUUUUGACCACGCAGUUGCCUGGAACAAACACAUUGAGGAUGAAAAUGUUAUGAUUAUAGCAUAUGAAGACCUGAAAGAGAACCUGGCUUCUGGAGUGAAGCAAAUAGCUGAAUUCUUUGGAUUCUCUCCAACGGCAGAGCAGAUUCAGUUUAUUGCAGACAGGGGAAGCUUCCAAGCAAUGAGAGAAAAAUCCCAGGAGAUCUAUGGCUCAGUUGGUCCGAUUCUCUUCCGUAAAGGUGCUGUUGGAGAUUGGAAGAACCUUUUUACUGAAGCUCAAAGCCAGGAAAUGGAUGCUAAAUUUAAAGAGUGUUUAGGGGGAACCAAGCUGGAAGCACAUCUGAAGUAUGAUGUGCACUGCAAGGCCUGA